GCGCGCUAAACCGGAAUGGAAUUGAAUAAAUCCGAUAGCGGUCUUCUCUUGCCCCGUCGCCAAACAGCGGUCUUCUCUUCCCAUCUCUCUCUCUGUCUGUUCUGCUUUUGCUGGGCUCUGUUCUGCACGUUAUCCUCAACGCCUAACUCCGAGACGAAGAACUGCUGCAUCCAAUCGCGGGACCAUUCCCCCACUUACUGCCCCUUCGUCUUCUUCUUCUGCCCUGUCUCAGGCCUACAAAGGUGUCUUAGACGGGGCAUGAAGCUGGCUCUGAAACCCAGCUACGGCAAGCUCCUGUGUCCAGCUCCAAUGGCGGUGAUUACGUCCCAGGCCUCCACCACCUUCUGCCCUCCAGUCCCUGCCCGCCUUAGAGUGAGAGGAUGGCCCUUCAGUUUCCUCCCCGGUGGCUCGCCCGCCCUCGCGGUCCCUGUCAGGGCUUUCAGCGCCUCUGCUUCUGCAAGUGAAUUCCCAGAGCGGGUCGGGUUUCUCGGGAUGGGAAUCAUGGGUACCCCAAUGGCGCAGAAUCUCAUCAAAGCUGGAUGUGAUGUCACUGUCUGGAACCGAACCAAGAGCAAAUGCGAUCCUCUCACAAGCUUGGGGGCUAAAUUCAAACCUUCUCCUGAGGAAGUAGCUGCGUCCUGUGAUGUCACGUUUGCCAUGCUUGCUGAUCCUGAAAGUGCAGUGGAAGUUGCAUGUGGAAAGCUGGGAGCUGCCAAUGGGAUGGGUCCUGGAAAAGGGUAUGUGGAUGUUUCCACUGUAGAUGGUGCCACUUCUAAAUUAAUUGGUGAACGCAUCAAAGCUACAGGGGCAUUAUUUCUUGAGGCGCCUGUAUCUGGAUCCAAAAAGCCAGCAGAAGAUGGGCAGCUCAUUUUUCUUACUGCAGGUGAUAAAGCUCUCUAUGGAUCAGUGUCUUCCCUUCUAGACAUCAUGGGAAAGUCAAGCUUUUACCUUGGAGAUGUUGGUAAUGGAGCUGCAAUGAAACUCGUGGUCAACAUGAUAAUGGGAAGUAUGAUGGCAUCAUUUUCUGAAGGAUUGCUUCUAAGUGAAAAAGUGGGGCUGGAUCCUAAUGUACUGGUCGAGGUGGUCUCACAUGGAGCCAUUAGCGCACCCAUGUACAAACUCAAAGGUCCAUCAAUGGUCCAAUCCCAAUAUCCAACCGCAUUUCCAUUGAAGCACCAACAGAAGGACAUGAGGCUUGCUCUCGGGUUAGCAGAGUCGGUGUCCCAAUCCACUCCAGUUGCAGCAGCUGCGAACGAGCUCUACAAGGUGGCGAAAUCUCAUGGCCUCAGCGACGAGGACUUCUCUGCAGUCAUCGAAGCCCUGAAAUCAAAGCAGUAAAAGCAUCAUCUAUUUUGCCAAUCAAGACAUAUUGGAGAUAAUUUUAAGAGAUUCAGGUUUUUCCAUGAAAUUGCUCGUGCUAAACUGAUUGUCCCGUCUCGAAAUAUGUCCAUGAAGAUCGAAAAACUGUCCCUUUUCUUUUCUUCUUCAAGAUUUGGAUGUAUGUUAGUAGCUGGUCUCAGUGGAUGUUCUUUUCUUGCAAACUUCAUUCUUUGCCAAAGUUUCUCUAGAUAUAAAGAGGAUUCCUUGAUUCACCCCCAAAAAAAAAGAGGAUUCCUUUUGCCA